UGUGGUAACACUGCCGGUUCAGCUGCGCGGGCUUUGAUGUUAGUUAUGAUAAUUUGCUUUGCAAAAGAUGAAUGAAAAUGAGGCGGAAACGGAAAUUCCUGCGCCUACAAGUGCAGCUUCGGGCCAAAUACAGGCUAUAGCCAAGGAUACAGUACACAAGAUCUGCUCGGGACAGGUGGUGCUUAGCUUGGCAGUGGCUGUAAAGGAGCUGGUCGAGAAUUCAAUUGAUGCAGGUGCCACACUGGUCGAGAUUAAGCUCAAGGACCAAGGACUGCAGGGCGUAGAAGUCUCCGACAAUGGCUGCGGAGUCGAGGAGUCCAAUUUGGAGGGCAUGACUGCCAAGUAUCAUACCUCGAAGAUACGGGAGUUUGUGGAUCUGCUGGGCGUGGAUACGUUUGGCUUUCGUGGCGAAGCUUUGAGCUCGCUUUGUGCUCUCUCCGACAUGACAAUUGUGACGCGUCACAAAUCCACGGAUGUGGCUCUCAAAAUCGAACUUGAUCACGAGGGCAAGAUCAAGAAGCGUUCACCCUGCGCCCGCGGUGUCGGCACCACAGUCUCCUUGGGUAACCUCUUUGCUACGCUGCCCGUGCGGCGUCGCGACUUUACGCGUAACAUCAAGAAGGAGUUCACCAAGAUGUGCCACAUACUGCAAGCCUAUUGCCUGGUCACCAAAGGUGUGCGGCUCAUCUGCAGCAAUCAGACGCCCAAAGGUGCCAAGUCCAUUGUCCUGCAAACCCACGGCGCACAAGAUGAGCUGGCCAACAUUUCAGCGGUGUUUGGUGCCAAGCAAGUGGCGGAUUUGGUGCCUCUUAAAUCCCCCUUCGAGGCGGGUCAACUGAGUGAGGAAGGAUUGCGUGCUGAGCUGCAAUCAGCGAGCGAAGCAGCUGACACAACUUGCACUCAGUUUAGUGCCGAGGAUGUGGAGCGUUUGAAUCAAGCAGACUUUCAGCUGGAAGGCUACAUUUCAAGCUGUCGUCAUGGCGCUGGUCGAUCCACCCGAGAUCGGCAGUUCUUCUAUGUGAAUAGCCGACCGUGUGAUCCAAAAAAUAUUGCCAAAGUAAUGAACGAUGUGUACCAUCGCUACAAUGGUCAGCAACAGCCUUUCAUCUACCUCAAUAUAGUGACAUCUCGUGCGGAUGUGGACGUGAAUCUCACGCCCGACAAGCGCCAAUUGCUGCUCAACAAUGAGAAGAUUCUGCUUCUGGCGCUGAAGAAGUCGCUGCUCGACACCUUUGGCAACUUACCCUCCACAUUCCAAAUGCAAAACGUGUCCAUAGUCAGCAUGUUGGAGCCAAAAGUUAAAGUGGAGGAGACAACAGCGAUUACUGCAGAUUUGGAUGAGGAUGAUGUGCCUGUCAGUUCCUCGCAGCGUUUCAUGGACGUGCUGACGCAAUGGCGACGCACAGGUGACACCAGAGGAAAUGCUCCAACGGCGCCAGCAAAACGACGAUGUGAAGAAACCGAGGAGAUCAAAACUCGCGCCAUGAAAAUGCAAAAGAUUCAAGAUUUCCUCACACAAGAAGAGUCGCCAAAAGAAGCGGAAAUAGACGAAGAGGAAACUACGAAGCGAGAGAAAAGCGAGAGCAGCCACGACAGCAGCUUGAUCAAUUUAAAGCAGCUCGAAGAGGAGUCAAAAGCUUAUGAUGGAAUGAUUGAAGCAAAAGUGCCGCGCAUUGAUUGCAGAGCAUUGACGCCUCUUAAACCGCGCCAGAUUAUGCCGCAGCUAAAGCCAAGGAUUAUUCACGUGGAGAGUAAGCCAGCAGAGGAAGCAGAGGAGGAAACUGAGGAAGAAACUGAACCGACCGAAGAAAAUGAUGAUGAUCAUAUUGAAAUGCCAACACGCAUUGAAUACGAUGGCAACGAUAACGAUGCAGAAAUGGAUGCUCCCUCCAACGUAGCCAGCGGCGAGAUGCGCACUUCCUUGGAGCAAAUAGAAGCCAGCUUGCAGGCGCAGGAGCAGCAGCAGACCGAGCGCAAACGUCGCGCUAAGCUGCAGCGAUUACGCUUCAAAAGUCAAAUCAAUCCCAGUCAGAAUCAGAAUGCUGAAGCGGAACUGCAGAAGGAAAUAACAAAAGCGGACUUUGCACGCAUGCAAAUCAUAGGACAAUUUAAUCUGGGUUUCAUCAUUGUCAAGUUGGAAGAUGAUCUGUUUAUUGUGGAUCAACAUGCUGCAGAUGAAAAGUAUAAUUUCGAGACAUUGCAACGAAGCACGCAGUUGGAGCAUCAACGUCUCACAGUACCGCAAACACUUGAGCUGACGGCGGUCAAUGAGAUGGUGCUGCUGGAUCACUUGGCGGCCUUCGAAAAGAAUGGUUUCCGAUUCAAAAUCAACAAUGAAGCUCCUGCCACGAAGAAGGUGCGUUUGUUGGGCAAACCCUUCAGCAAGAACUGGGAGUUUGGCAAAGAGGACAUCGAUGAGCUGAUCUUUAUGCUGCAGGAUGCACCCGAGGGCACCAUCUGUCGUCCAUCACGCAUACGCGCCAUGUUCGCUUCACGCGCUUGCCGCAAGUCCGUCAUGAUUGGCAAGGCAUUGAAUAGAGGCACUACAAUGAGACGCCUCAUCACCCAAAUGGGCGAAAUCGAGCAGCCUUGGAAUUGUCCGCAUGGACGCCCUACCAUGCGUCAUCUAAUCAAUAUCACGAUGCUGCUGGAUGCGGAGGCGGACGACAAUGAUAAUGAUGGGAAUGUCAACGAAUGUGAAACACCGGCAGCUGUGGAAUCCACAGUCAAACAGAAGUCAUAAUAAAAGGCAUUUGAUUAAGGAUUAAGGUUUAUUAUACUCUCUCGUUGUGGUCUAAUGAAUUAUCAAAUUGUCGUAGUUGUCGUGAUUAUGUGUUUAUCUGGUUAUCUAUUGACAACACGCGACGCAUCUCAGACGCUGAUCGUGCGGAAGAUGUUGAAGCCGCUGUGUGCCGUUGAUAGCAUAACGCCCGGCAGCUGGGGAUGCCAGUGCAGCUCCUUGAUCUCCUUUUGUCCUUGAUGGAUGAACAGCAGCUGCGGAGGCAGCUUGCUCAGCUCAUCUUCGUUCUGUGCUGGCGCCGGAGCUUGAUCCGCAUCCUUCUCCACAGCCAAAUCCCAGAUGGCAAUCUGAUCAUCAUCGCCGCCCGAGGCAAGCACUGUGGCCUCAUUGGGAUUCCACUCCACGGUGGUUAUGUGAUCCGUAUGAUGCUUAAAUGUCGCAAUUGGUUUCUGUGUCUUGAACUGACGCAAAUCCCAGAUGUGCAGGAAACCAUCAUCUCCGCCGCUGGCAAUGAAGGGUUCCGUGUGGUUCCACGAGAUCACAUUGAUGUCGCUGCUGUGCGCAUUCUCACAGCUGAGCAUGCACGCCUUCUGUGGCGCUGCACGACAAUCCCAAAUGCGAAUGGAUUUGUCCACCGAGCAGGAUGCCAGAACGCUGCGCUCAUUGGGACUCCACUGCAAAUCCUCGACGGAUGCCGUGUGACCAAGCAACGGACGCUGAUCCACCUUCCAGCUGCCAUCCUCCAGCGGACUCCAGAUGUGUAUAUCACGACGACAGUCGCCAGUGGCCAGCACUCCCUCGGCGCUGGGGCUCCAGUCGAUGGCAAAUCCCUCCUGCUGAUGACCGCUAAAUGUGAACGCUGGACGGGAAUCGGAGUUGGCGCUCUGCUGCUGCUCGUAUUGCUUCAGCAGCUCAGCAUCCUCGACAGCCUGCAGCUGCUGCGAUAGAUUCCAGAUGUUUACACGUCCCAGUUCGCUCCACGAUGCGGCAAACACAUUAUUCCCCAGGCGACGAGCACGCACACGAUUCACGCAGCCCUGAUGCUUGAUGAGGGCGCAACUCAUUUGUGGUUUUUUCAGCUCACUUUUGUCAGCUACAUCGUCCUGAUCAUCGUCCAGCUCCUCAUAGUCCUCUUCGUCAGCUUCGUCGCCAUCCUGUGUCUUGUGCAGAUUGCCCAUCUUCAUCACAAUCAGGUUGUUGACAUGUGCGCGAGCUGCUUGAGUUCCAGCCACAAUGUAAGCGGUCAGGGGGAAUGCUUCGCGUCCUGUGCCCAGCUCGUCGGGAAUGACAUCGAAGCUGAGGCAGGGUGCGCCUGUAGAGGCUUGAUGUAGCAUCACGUAGGCGCUCUCAUCACACACCAACUCUUCGUCUUCGGCCAGCGUUUUGCCUGGCAGAUAGACUUGUUUGGGUUGCUUUGUGGUGCCGUCGGCAUCGUCGUCGCUGUCGCUAACGGGAUCCAUGUCACUUUCGGCAUCCUCGGGCUCCACCACCUCCAUAUCGAUUUCAUCCUUGGGCGGUUGCAUAGACAUUUCAAAACAAUUUGUAAUCGUACUGCCCUACAAAAAAUGUGUUGUUUUGGCGCUGCACGUGCAAUUGGAUUGCCGAAUAGUGUGACCAGCAUUGAAAAUCGAAUGAAUGGCCUGCAAUCAGCUGUUCUUCGUUAAGUUUAUGAAUUUGUUUUUUAAAUUAAACAUUUAAAAAUAUUAAAGCACAUAUACGAUAAAACCUUAA